UAUUGCUCUCUCUCUCUCUCAUCUCUCUGCCCCUCUUCCCAUCAUAAUUUUUAGAGAAUAUAUUAUUAUAUCUACAGUUUCCUUUUUAAAUAUUACAUAUAUCUCCAAUUUCUGAAUACUGAUCGUUGCAGAAGAACAUGGGCGUCAUCGUCCUAAUCCUCAAUAUAUAUUCCAUCUUAUAAUAUUAUAUUUAAAAAAAAAGAUAUGGGUAACCCACUCAUUUGAUAAGAUAUAUAUUGUACAUAUUUCAAAUAUUUAAUAAAUAUUAUUUUAAAUAGAUGAUAACAUGAUGUUUGUGGAGAAUGAUUCCAACUAAAUAGAACAAGGCGAGAAGAUGAAAAAGAUAAAGCUGCCGCCGCUGUAUCAGUAUAUGCAUAUCUGCAUUUUUGCAUUUGUCUUCUUCGUAUCUUUCAUAUCAAACUGCAAUUUUCUCCACGUGUCUCCUCACCUGUUAUCUAUAUGUUUUAGUAUCUUGGUUAGAUUUUUUUUUUUUCUUUCGUGAGAGGUGUUGCUUAAUAGAUAUCUUGAUUAUGCAUUACAAUGGUGAAUACAUUAAUUAUGCAACUCUAUUGAAAUGUCCUUGUCGUCAACAAGAAACCCAUGACAACUUUUCUUCCUUUUGAUGUUUUACAUCAAUGUUCUGUUCUUUUCAAUACACCAUAAAUUAGCCUUCACGAUUUUUUUUUGGUUGAUAAGAUGAAAAGUAUGCGAUUGAGUAGUUGUUCUGAUGAGGGGAUUAAUCCUCGUCACCUUAGCAUUUAACUCCAUGGGCCUUGUAUUAUAGUUCUUUUUUGUAAUCGAGUGAGUGUAUUAUAUUGAGGUCCAUACUAAUCUCGGAGGCGAGAAACAUUUAUGUGGUUUAAAAUAUACACCCCUUACUAAACUUGAAUACCUUGUAUUAUAGUUGCGUGGUAGAUAGCGACAAUCAACGUAGAGACGUGAAUUAAACGUCUGGUGUCCCUUUUUUUAUUGUGGAAUUCAUAGUCUACUCGGUAGGUGUGGGUGGUACAACAAUCCACAAAAAGAUUGGUCUUGAAUCUUGAUUAGGGAAACUUUAUUGAGCUUUUUUAAAUCUCCUAAUUGACUCUUUUGAGUUGUUACUUUCUGUUCUUAGUAUAUUGCCUUAUUUGGGAAGUUGAAAACUACCCUCCUAUUUAUUUUCUUGUCUAGAAUCCAAACUUGUACAUGUUAAAGGUUUGAGGUUACUCCACCUUUGUCUACGAGUACUUAAUCUUCCAAUUCAUUAGUCUUGUGCACGGGGUGCAUAGAUAGAUCAGCGUAGAAUAAAAGUAUUGCUGUUUUCAACCAAAAAAAAUGCUGGUAAAUACCAUGCAGGAAGGGUACGCGGUGUUUGGGAUGGACUACGAAGGCCACGGUCGGUCCAAGGGCGCCCGCUGCUACAUCAAGAAGUUCGCCAACAUUGUAAAUGACUGCUUCAACUAUUACACCUCUAUCUGUGCAAAGGAAGGGUACAGGGAGAAAGGGCGAUUCUUGUACGGGGAAUCAAUGGGAGGCGCAGUGGCCCUGUUGCUUCACAAGAAAGACCCUUCCUUCUGGAAUGGUGCCAUUCUUGUCGCUCCAAUGUGUAAGAUAUCAGAAAAAGUGAAACCGCAUCCGGUGGUGAUAAAUCUGCUGACAAGAGUGGAAGAGAUCAUUCCCAAGUGGAAGAUUGUUCCAACAAAGGAUGUCAUCGACGCUGCCUUCAAGGACCCCAUCAAGCGAGAAGAGGUUAGGAACAACAAGCUGAUAUACCAGGACAAGCCCAGGCUCAAAACUGCCCUCGAAAUGCUCCGAACCAGCAUGAACCUCGAAGACACUCUUCAUGAGAUAACAAUGCCGUUCUUGGUGCUGCAUGGGGAGGCAGACACGGUGACAGACCCAGAGAUAAGCAAAGCGUUGUACGAGAAAGCAGGCAGCAUAGACAAGACCAUUAAGCUUUACCCUGGAAUGUGGCAUGCGCUGACGUCAGGUGAGCCCGACCACAACGUUGACCUUGUCUUUGCGGACAUCGUCUCCUGGCUCGACCUCCGUACCGGCGACGCCGCUCCCCUCACCGUCACUCCCAUCCGCCACGACUUUAACUUCUCAGCCGAGAAGGCAACUGACGGAGAAAAGAGACCUAAACGGUCACAGGGCAGUCUCCUCUGCGGAUUGAACGGUGGCCGUUUGCUCCAUCGCUCCGCUAUGUAAUAAACAACAAUAAUGGUUGAACUUGUCCUGAGGAGACAGAAAUUGUUGUUGUUUUUAGGGGUAAUGCUAUAUUGCUAUUGGCCCUCAAAAUAACGAGAAAGUUGUGUAGUAGCAAAAAGAAAGAAAAAAAAAAGAUUUUUAAAGUCGUCUUGCUACAAUUACAAGAAUGACAAAACAGAAAUCAAAACCAGAAAUAACAACUUAAGAGGAA